CUUGUAAACAGCAACAUGCUGACAAGUGAGGAUAAAAGUUUGGAAUCGGCUGUUGUCAAAGUCAUCAAUCCAGAUGAGCAAUGUGAUGGCAGCCUGGAGUUACAAGCAUCUUCUUCCUCGGUAGUAGUAAAAGAGAUUCUUCAAGAGGCACCAGAGUUAAUCACUCAGCAACUGGCAUAUCUCCUCAGAGGAAGCAUUCUCUUCAAGUGCAUGUCUUUGGAGGCUGACAGAAUUACUGAGCAACAGGAGAAAGUACUGUCAGUCCUAGAGGAGAAGUUUCCAGAUCUUCCCCCACGAGAGGAGAUUAUCUCUGUUCUCCAGGAGACUCAGCUUAACCCACAAGGUGUAAGUAUUGAGGAUGCUAUGCUGAAAGAUCUCAAGAUUUCAGAUGGAGAAAUCAAAGUAGCAAUUAGCACUGUGUACUUAACACUGGAGGACUGCAUGUUGCACAGGAAUCUUGUUGGUGAUCUGAAAGCAUUCAAAGAGAAAUACGGGUUUGAUGUACUUGUCAUUUUGGCCAACUGUUUGUCAGAGGAGAAGCAAACAAAACAACAAAUAGCAGUAUACUCUGAAAAUUCAGAGCUAAGCAAUCAAAUCUGCUGUGAAUUAGAAGAAAGUCAGAAUCCUUGUUUGGAGCUGGAUCCUCUAGAAUGUGGAUGUGACGAAAUUAUCAUUUAUCAUCAAGAAAAUUCUUUGGUGACUUGUGGUCAAAUUUUUCUUCUAGUUAAGGAAGUCAUAAAUAGAAGACAACCAGAAAUGGUAUCAAACAGCAGAACUUCUUCUACUGAAGCUGUUGCUGGAAGUGCUCCGCUUUCACAAGGAUCUUCUGGUAUUAUGGAGUUAUAUGGUUCUGAUAUAGAACCACAGCCCAGUUCUGCCAAUUUGAUAGAAAAUCCUCAAGAUCUAAAUGGAUCUAUGCAAGCCCACAUUGACGUUAAUGUAGACCUUGUGAGUCCAGACAGUGGAUUGGCUACCAUUAGAAGCAGUCGAUCUUCAAAGGAGAGUUCUGUUUUCCUUAGUGAUGAUAGCCCUGUUGCAGAAGGUGCUGCUUCCCAUCACAGUCUUCUGCCUGGCUUUGAUUCCUAUAGCCCUAUUCCUGAAGGAGUAAUAGCUGAAGAACAAAGCCCUCAAUCUAGAGGCAAUAGUGAUAACUUUGAUCUUUUCAAUUUUGAUCUAGCACCUGCAGUUACAGCUCCAUCUGAGUCUUCUUCUCAUUCUGUUGAUUGUUCCCCAGCAGAUGACUAUUUCCUUAAUAGUGAUUCCUCAGAAGGACAACAACUUGCCAUGCAAAAAGAACUUGGUGAGGCAAACCUACUGGAAAGUGUUACAGCAAAUUAUUCAACUGACUUACUUAUGACAACAAAUGAGGAAGACAAUUUAGCUGAAUUUGAUGAGAAUCCAGGAGAAGUAUGUGAGAAAACUUCAGGUUUGAUUGAUUUAGCUGAAGGUGAUUCCAUUUCACCAGAGAUUUUGAAAUCUGCUGAUUCCAGAAUUCCACCAACACCCAUGAACAGUCUUGUAGAAACUUCACCAUUAGAUAAUGGUCAGCCUUUAUUUUUCCCACAAGAUGUCAUUAAAAAAAUUAAUGAAAUAGAUGGCCCAAAUUAUUCUCCUUCUCGUGUUAGGUAUGGGAGCUGGUGGGAUGGCUUUGACCUGGAGUCCAGAAAUGCUGAUAUAUGGAGUUCAAGUGAGCAGGAAUCUGUAUUUCAGAGCCCUGUCUUAUGGAAAGAUUGUAAAGAAAGUCCCUCGCUACGAGAACAUAUUGAUAGAAGAGCCUCAGAUUCUGUAUUCCUCCAAAAACAAAAACAGCCAAAGCAAAUGAGAGCAGGACUGUGGGAUAAUCAUUUUAAGCAAAAUAAUUGGAACAAUGAGGUGCAACAGAAAAAUGGUGAACAUUCAUGUUUGCAAACUGCAUCUUUAGAAGAGACAAAGCAAGAACCAGAGAGCUUUAUCUACCCAUGGAAGGUCAGUCAGCCAACACCUGUGAUGUCAGAUGCAUGGUGUAGUGGUGAAGGGAAAAGUACUCAGCUAGCUGGAGACUCUUAUGAAGUCUGGACUAAGUUUGACGCAGGAGGUAUUGCUACAGCCUCAGAAAAUGUAUGGAACAUGACCAAAAUGGAUAGAGAAAAAAAAUCAGUGAAUAUUCCUGAGGAAUGGGCCCUAUCAAAAACUAGUUUAUCAGAUUCUUCAGAAAUCACAGUGGACAAUGAGACUGAAAAUCCACGUAUCCAGAUAUCUCCAAAAGCCUGGGAUAAAGAAAGAUAUUAUUCAGUAGAAGAAUAUGGAAAACUUGAAAAUACAAAUUCUGUUUUCAACAAACUGCAAAAUAAUUCUAAGCUGCAAACAGAGGAAGAAGCUGUAUUUGGUAACCCUAAACAUAGACCAAAACAAUUUGAAAAUAUAGACACCUGGAAUAUGUAUGAUAAAAACAUAAGGAAGGAAGUAACAGAAGUAGUAGUGCCAUGGCAGGAUAACUUCUUGUAUAAACACUCAGAUCUUAGUUCAUCAAAUGCAGGUGAAGAUUUAGUUGUUUCUCCGCCAGACACCAAUUACUCAACGUCUGAUUCAUAUGUAUCACCUACGUAUGUGGAAGAUGAAAGACAAAAUGAGGACAAAGAUUUUAAUGAAGAAAUGGUUAUUGAUAAAUUGGUAAGCCCAAAUUUGGCUGAGCCAGAAGUAUUUGAGAAAGGAAAUAAGGAACCAUUAUGUCCCAGAAACAUGUCUUUUUCAAAUGCUGAAAACACAUACAUCUUGGACACUCCUCUAAAUAAUGCCACACAGUUACAAGAACGAAAUUCUGAAAUUGCUGCUCUUUCUGCCUCUGCUAAAUCUUUUCUUAAUUCAGAACAAACAGCUAAUCAGUGUUUUUCAGCUGACAUACAUACUGAUGAAAAUAAUUUUUCUGUAUCAGAAAACAGAAGAAUAACACCAUUAUACAAUCAGACAGUGAAUGACUUAUCACCACCACAGAAUGAAUUAAAUACUGGACAGAAUGCAGCUGAAAAUGUAGAAACAGUGAGCAGUGUUCCUGUAGAAGACACAGACACAUCUACACCCACUUCAGAUACUGGGAAUGGGUUGGAUCUGAAAAUAUGUGACAUAGGAAGUGAAAUACGUAAUAAAAAGGCAGAACAAAAUUCUGCUGAUAUUGAUGAAAAGCUGGAUAGACAGGAUUCAGUGCAGCAGCUGGACUCAUGGAGCUUACAGAGAGAGCAGGGUUGUGAGGAAGACUGGGACAAUGCCAUUGUCAUCUCUCAGAAAGGAAAGGAGGAAUGUAAGAGUACAGACGAGACAAAUGGACACCAAAUGAUUAGUGACAUUUGUCAUAAGCCAGUGCAGGAGGACAGUGAAUCUUCUUGUAAUGCAGACGUGGAAGACAACAUGUCAAAAACUGAAGUUCCCAGCUCCCCAGAAAAAGUGAGGAAUAGUAUUAGUUUGGAAGCAUUCAUCACAGAGAAUGAGUUAUUUUCCAAUCAAAGCAAUCCAGAUAGUCAGGAAGAAAGGAAAGAGUUGUUGAAGAAUAAUGUAGAAUAUUCCUCAAGUGUUUCUGAGGAAGGCAGGGAGUAUGAAACUUUUGAUGAUCCCAGAGCAGAAAAUUACGAUUAUAGUGAAACAUCACAGCUUAUUGCUGAGAAAGCUGAAAAGGAGACUACAGUGACAGAAAAUAUAACAAGUCUGGAGAUGGAAAUUUCUGAUAAGGGUAAUGACAAUCUUGAAAAUAAUUCUUCUAAAAUACCUGGAAGCUCAGUCUGGAAUGACUCUGGAGAGAGUGACAGUUGCCUGGUCACUUCACUUCCUUUGACGGACCCACCACAGGAAGCCCUAGGAGAAGUGAAAGAGGGCUUGCACGAAGUGGUUCCUAACCAUACUGAGUUAGUAUCUUUCAAAAAUAGCUCAGAACUGAAUAGGACUCAUGAAAAAUCUGUCAUAGAUGAUUCUAAGAAGUCUCCUUCAUCUGGAUAUGUCAGUGUUCCUGACAUUACAUAUAUGUCUUCGAUGGAAAGUUCAUUUUCACAUGAAAUAGAUUCUGGGAGAAAUGAAAACUGUAAAGAUUUAGAACUUGCUAGUAAUCUUUCUGGAGAGCCAUGUGUAAUGCUUAAUGACAGUUCUCUCCAAACUGCUUGGAAUUCACAGCCAUGUGAAGAUUUGCAAUCUCCUGGAACAAGUCCUGAGGCAAGUGAAGCCCUUGAAAUGGCAAACACCACAAGUAGCCUUUCAAAGGAUAUACAGAUCAAAAGUUAUUUGGAAGAAGAUAAUGUGUGGAGUGAUUCAGUAAAUAAUUAUGUACACUCAAGUGGAACAAGUCCUGAUUUAAGUGAUGCAUCUGUGAACGUGUGGGGAGACUUUCCAGUUCCCAGUCUCCACAAAGGAAGUAGGGGUAUGUGGGAUAUCAAAAAUAACAAAAAUCUUGAAGAUGCUUCUAAAAGGAAAGAAUUUGUCAAUGAAUGCGGAGAAGGAUUUGAAACAAGCACUGAGCAGAACAAAAUUCCUAAAAGCUUAGAUUUUUGGAAUGCCCAUGUAGAUGAUGAUACUGUAUCUUCUUUAUCAAGUCCUGACAUAAAUGAGGAUUCAGAGACUUCAGAGGCAUGUCCAGAAGUGAGUAAUGAAGAUUCCAUAUAUGAAAACAAAGAGCACAAAGCAUCUGAAAUUAGAGACAAUUGUUCUCCACCCAGUGGAACAAGUCCUGAAGCAAAUGAAGACAAUACAGAUGCAAAAACUAAGGUGGGAGAGGAGAUUCAGGUAGGCAUCUUCAAUGAAAAUCCUGAAACAAUUAAAGCUAGGAAAGCAUUGCAGGAAGACUUGACUCCUGAAUAUUUAGGUCACUGGGAAACACUUCAAAAAAAAAAACAAGUGAGUAUUUUCAAUGAAAAAUCAGGUAGUGGAGAAGACUCGUGUUUCUAUCAAAUGAAUGAAGAUACUACACCGACUUUUGCUGUUUGUGAUAAAGAAGGGUAUUCAAAAGCUGUAGAUACGCAGAAUAUAUCAUUGGAAACUGAUUUAAGAACUGAUCCAAAAUCCACAGUAGGAACAUUUCAUUUUCCAGAUGACAGUUUGGAAUGGUGGAAUUCACAGCCUGCUGAAGAAAAGCUAUUGGAAUAUCAGUAUUCUGUUUCAAGUCACGCGGCAACAAACCAGCUGGUAUAUAGUAAGGACCCCUGGGGAUCACCUUUACAAGAUGAAGAAGUAGCAGAAGAAUAUUUCACUAUUGCAAAUAAUGAUGGAAAUCAGCCUCCCCCUCUACACUGUGAUGAGAAGGAAAAUGAAAGUAUUCCUGAUAGUCAGAUAAAUCAAGAUACUGUACAGCUCAAACAAUUUGAUCCUUUCAUACUGGAUAAAGAAGAAAAGGGUUUGAAAGAGCUGUUGUUUAUUACAGAUGAGGAAAAUCAGCUGACUCCACCGAAUCCUUUUGCAGAUGAGGAAAAAGGUAUGCCAGAUACGUCAGUGCAAGAAAUCGCUGUACUGGAUCUACCAAAAGACAGUGAAGGAGAUGCACGUUUCAUUCCUCAAGAGCAACAAGAGGACACCUAUGAAAGAUUAGAAGUGCACAGCUCCCUGUCAGUUCCUUUCACUGUAGAAGACUUAUCAUAUGAAAUGACAGAGAAGUCCAGUCCAGGGUGGAAUAUAUUAGGUUCCCAAACAGCACUUAUCCCAGAUAUUUUACAGGAUAGCACACAAGAAAGUAAUCAGCUGUUUUCAGUGGAACCUGACCUGUGGACUAACGCUGAGAAGACUGUCACUUUGAAAUCCGAUGGUGAAAAUCCAGAUAUAUUAAGUCAUUGUGACCAAGACAAUAGUUCAGAGGCAUCAAGCAGUCCUGAUUUGUGCCAGGAGUAUGAAGCUAAGCAUACCUCUAUCCCAUCUUCUCAGGUUGAGGUGGAGAGAGAAGACAAAGAUAGCCUGCCAAUUCACACAUGGUCAGAUAUUAGUAAAGAGUCAGAUUAUGAUUCAAAAAUAGAGGUACAUGCUAAAAGUCAUAGCCCCCAGGACAAUGAACAGGGAAAGAUGGAUGAAUCCUAUCCGCCUGUCUCUUCUAAUACUGAGGAGCCUUCUGAACUUGCAACUUUGGAAGAAUAUGGUCUAGAAAGUAAACUUGUUACUGAUGCAACUGAGUCGGCUGAAAUUACCAGUGAAGUUUUAGAAGCGAGGUCCUUAGAUCUGCAAGAUGUGUUCCAUGAAAGUUUUACUCCUGCAAGCCAUCGAGGAACACCAACUGAUACAGCUCAAAUAGUAACCUCUCAAAUGCAUUUGGUUCCCAUGGAUUUCACUCUACCUGAAAGGGCAGAACAAAGCAUAAAAGAAGUGAGUGCCUUAACCGAAGUUCGAAAACAUUCUAAUACUGACCAUACAGCAAUAACUGGUGAUGAGCUAGACAUAUCAGAAGAAUGUGUGGAUGAAUCUGACACAAGUGUGGACCAUAACACCAGGAACACAUCAGCAACUGUUGUCAUGGCAAGCAUGUGUUCUGGAAUGAACACACUGACAGCAGCAGGCAGUAAAGCAUCAGAAGUGGAACCCAAGGAUAAACAGGUAUUCUUUCCCAACUCCCUUCUGCCUGGUAGUAAUGAAGGCCAUGAGUCCAAUUCAGAUAAUCAACUGUUUGAUGAUAUAGCAAAAGAAUCUGUAGAUGUAAUUGGAAAUGAUGUUCCUGUGUUUAAGGAAAUGCCCAGUGGCCAGUCACCAGUGAUAUGUGCCCCACCAUCCUAUGUAGCUUAUGAUGCUGAGCCCUCUGGCAGCAGAGAAUGUGCAAAGGAUGAGGUCUUGGUACAGCAGCCAUUGUGUGACAGUGCUUCUUUUGAAAAACCUUUACCACUGCCAACUCCUUCAGAAGGUGCAGAAGGCAUUCUAAUGACCAAAGACAGCAACAUUAAAGAUCAGGUGCCUGAAACACCCACUGAGUGCCUUCAGGAAAAUCACACAUCUUCACUCUCUGAGUCUGAAGUAACUCCAGGAGCUUCUGAGAUUUCAACAGAAAAAUCUGAAGCAGAAACAACAGAUCUCGACUCACCGCCAGGUGGAGAUAAGAGAUUACCUGAUGAAGCUGGCGCUGACUCCCUGCUUAGUAGGGAGCACAUGCUGAGGAAUUCCUCUGAGAGCCCUGACCUGAAAAGUGCAGAGGAUAAGGAAGAUGUGAAGGUGCACCAGGAUCCAACUUCACUGGAGAUGGAUUACAUCCUUGUUACUGAGGAAGAAAGUACACUUUCAACAGAGGAUAUCCUUGAAAGAAAGAAAAGUAAUUUUGCAUUUCAAGAAGCUGAUGUAGCUGAACAAACAGAAACUCAGGAUGGCUUUUCACCAGGUUACUUGGAUACCUUUCAGCCAAUCUCCAUUACAAAUGAAAGGGAAGAUCACUUUGUUUGUGGGACUGAAUGGGACUCUGUUCUUUCAGAAAAGAAAAGGUCUUCUGUUGUGCCUCAAAAACUGGAUGAUGAAAGGAGAUCACAGGAAAGCUGUGGGCAAGAUGAAGGCUGGAUUAUACUGGGACAAAAUGAAGUCAGUGACAUAGUGCCUGAAGAAAUUUCUUCUGAGCCAAAAUCAGAGAUGCCAAAAUCAGGGUCUGAAUACUCUGUUGAAGAGCUGGCAGCUGUUGUAGCACAGGAAUCGAUACUUGACACUUGUGCAGAAUUUCAGGUAGAAACUCCCCUUCAGAAGUCUUCUGAACAUGAGAACUGUUCUUCUACAAACAGCCUGACUACCAAGGACGAGAGUUUGGGCACUGCAGGAACACAUGCAUUGCAGGUGGUUGGUGAUGACGGUGACUGGGAAUCAAAUUCUCAACGGAGACUUAGAAAUAACAUAGAAACAGAACGAGAAAUAAAGGAGGAAAUGGUGUUUCUCAACAGUGAAAGAGAGCUGAGUCAAAAAUCAGGGUUGGUACAAGAAGAUGUGGGAAUGGACAUCCGUUUUGCUGAGGGUGCACUAAGCCUGAGUUCUACAGAGAUGAGACCUGAACCUCCCAAUUCUCUUGAUCUAAACGGUUCUCAUCCCAGAAGGAUAAAGCUCACUGCUCCAAAUAUCAAUCUCUCUUUGGACCAGAGCGAAGGGUCUAUACUUUCUGAUGAUAAUUUGGAUACGCCGGAUGAAAUUGACAUCAAUGUAGAUGAUCUUGACACUCCUGAUGAAGCAGACUCUUUUGAAUACACUGGACAAGAAGAGCAGACUGAUGCUAAAGAUGCUUCCCAGGAGGAGUCUGAAUCAAUUCCAGAGUACACUGCUGAAGAAGAGCGAGAGGAUAACAGGUUAUGGAGAACAGUGGUUAUUGGAGAACAAGAACAAAGAAUUGAUAUGAAAGUGAUUGAACCUUACAAAAAGGUCAUUUCACAUGGAGGAUAUUAUGGUGAUGGUCUGAAUGCUAUCAUUGUAUUUGCAGCAUGCUUCUUGCCAGACAGCAGUCGAACUGAUUACAACUAUGUCAUGGAAAAUCUUUUCCUCUACGUAAUCAGUACCUUAGAGCUCAUGGUAGCUGAAGACUAUAUGAUUGUCUACUUGAAUGGAGCAACACCAAGAAGCAGGAUGCCUGGACUGGGCUGGAUGAAAAGAUGUUACCAGAUGAUUGAUCGACGGUUACGGAAGAAUUUGAAAUCAUUUAUAAUUGUUCAUCCAUCGUGGUUUAUCAAGACAAUUCUGGCUGUGACACGACCUUUUAUAAGCUCUAAGUUCAGCAGUAAGAUACAAUAUGUCAACACAUUGGCAGAGCUUCGUGAGAUGAUUCCAAUGGAAUAUGUGCACAUACCAGACAGUAUUGUCAAGUAUGAUGAAGAGAGGUGUAUUAAGAGAAGAAUGAGACUGGAUGAAGAGCUGAGGGAAACUUCAGAAACAGCUAAAACUAGCUGCCUUUCGAAUGAUCCAGAAAUCACUUCAGUGGAGCAAGACAUUGACAUGACCCUGAAAUAAAAAGCAUCAUUGCCACACAUCUGAAGAAGAGGGUUUGCUUGGAUUUUCUCACACAGACACCUGUGACCAUGGUGUACAGCAGGCAGUCUUGGUUGGUUUUGUUUGUUUUAUCAUUUUUCCAUGUCAUUCAGCAAUUCAAGACCACCAAAAGGAGCAAUCCUGUUGCCAUGGGAACAGCAGAAUUUGGGGCCUGUGUUGUUAUCAGAAAUGGAGUUUUCAUUAAGAAAGCUGUAUUGUCUAGCACUGGUUUCGAUGUGUGUGUGCAAUUUCUGUUUAAAGAGAUACCAUUUUAACAACAGUGUGCCUCAUCAACAAAUCAGUAGAGGAUAUAGAUUUUUGUUUCAUUUUUGCCUUCAGCAUAUUAAUGUUUAUGCAUAGCCGAACACAAUAGUUAUUGUUACAAUAAAUUCUAGCUUGGUUGUGUCACAGAGCAGCAGCAACUUUGUUAUUUAAGAAUAAUUCUAGAAAUGAUGCAGGACUUUCUUGAAUUUGUUUCUUGCUGUCUGGAAAGUCUUUCCAUGUUCAUUUAACUCUAAUGACUUUUUUAUUUGGUCACAGAAAAGACACAUAUUAAAUAAAAUAAUAAUUAGUCAUAGACUUCCCAGAGGACAAGUGUGUAACUGAAAUUAAUUUUAUUUUAGUAAUUUAGUUUAGUGUCUUUAUUUUAGUUUUUAUAGAAGCAGCUAAUCCUGUAAAAUGAUUGUCAUAUAUUCUAAAACCCCCGGAGUAUUAAUUUGAAGUUGUUUUCUAAAUCUGUUUUCUAAAUUUUUUUUUUUUACAUUAGACAUCUUAGAGUGGCAUCCUCACUCCAAUUGUAAAGGCUGUUAAUGCUAUGAAUAUGAAACAACUACUUAGUAUUUUCUAUGAACAACUGAAGAUUAAAUGUAUAAAUCUACAAUUGGGAGUCACGUUCAUUUGUUAGGAAUAGAUGUCCAAGUAGUAUUCAGAAUGUAUCUAACGUAAAACCCCCAAGUAUUACAAUACAGUUUAUUGUCAUGUCACAGAACACAACAGUGAAAACGUGAAAUUAAGAAAAAUGCUAAGCAUUUCUUGUUUGCUGCUGUCCUGUGUACUGGAACAAAAGACACUGCAGUAAAUCCUCACAUUCCCUAUAUAAUUGCAGUCUCUCAGACCAUUCUUUUGCAAGAGACAGCAAAUUAAUUGUUGAAAAAAUUCCCCUUGUCUGCUUUAAAAUGACAAGAGCCAAGAAUACAGCUAAUGCUUUGUCUUCCCCUUAAUGAACACACACAUGCACUUCCCAAACCUGUGUCUCAUCCGCCUUUUGGGAUUUCCUAAUAUAAUUAAUAGUAUUAUGCAGUCUCUGAAAUCCUAUCUUCACAAGAUUCUCAUAUACCCUAGAAUUAUAUCUGUGGAUUCUGUACUUUGUAAAUAUAUCUAAGGUAAAGAAGACCUUAGACAUAUAAAUUCAAGAUAAUUUGCACCUUCUUUUUAUGUGUGCACUUACUCCAGUCCUGCUUCCAGUCCAGAAUUAUUAAUGAAAGAGAAGACAGGCAAAAAUUUUCUUGGGGAUUAAAGUCUAAGCAAAAGGCAGGACAGCAUGAGCCUUGUAUUUUUUUCAGUAGGAUCUAAAAUGAGAGUAAAAAUUGUAUUUGGUCCUUUAUUUAAAAGAUUAAUAUUUUUGUUCUGUGGUUUGCACAUUUCCAUCUCUGUCAAUUUGUAUCUUGUAUUUGCUAGUCUGUAGGCAAUGAAGGCAUCAUCAUUAUGUGCAGUUAUUCAGCUGCUGUAGUGAAGAUAUUACAAAAUUGUCAGAAAGGCAAGAACUUGCCAAAUGCUUUCUUAUCUGCUGGCAUCAAAACUGAAAUACCUGCACUUCUGCAGUCCUUGCUCUAUACUGACAGGUAUACACUGUCACAGUAGCUAGCCUGCUGUAUUGCAUCUUUCUGUCAGUUCCUGUUAGUUUUCAGAGGAAGGACCUAAUCCUUGACUGUUGCUGCUGCUCUAUAACCUUGCCCUGAACUAGGAUCUGGCAGGUCCCACCUUUUCUCAGAUAUUUGAAACUUGGCUUGCGUCUGCCUUAUAAAAGUGCUGUCACUUAGUAUUAUUGGGGAUAAUGUUUUAUGUACAGAUUAAUAUUUGUAUUAACUUCCAGAUGCUAAUUAAGCUUCAUCUAGAUCUAAACAAUUAAAAGCAUUUAGUAGCAUGAAAUCACAUCUUCUGUAGACUUGUAAUUUAAGCCACCUAGAAUGAGACAGAUGACUUCUGUUAUGCUGUAGGUGAGAGAAAGUGUUAGCUAAAAGAGUUCACCACAAAGCAGAAGUUCAGCACAAAUCUUUAUGCACUCUUCGAGACCUAGGUGGGGUAUAUGAGAUUUGUGUUCUUAGUGCUGGAUGUCAACUCUUAAGUGAGUUUAAUUCUAAAGGCUUUGUGUGAAAUUACUAAACAGCAAAGCUAUACAUGAAUUAAUAUAAUUAAUAUGGGUGGACUAAUAGUGGCAGCCUGAGACAGAAGGAAUUUGUUUAAACCAGAUGUCACAUUAAAACAAAAUGGUGCAUCAAUGUCUUGAUGCAAAAAAUGAUUGCAAGGUCAAGGUGUGGUUAUCUUUGCUUAUUAAUAUAUUUUGGAAAGUUUUUUAAUGUUAUGAUAUGGCAAUUCUAUAUUAUACUAACAAUAGUGUGUCAAUAAAUCAGUAGUUAGUUGGAAGAGGAAUAUAGUACAUACAACUGCACAGAUACAAGCUUUUAUAUACAGAUUUUUUCUACUGUGCAUCAGUGCUCAGAUGAAAUAUAAAUUAAUAGUUGCGCUUUUUGUUUGUUUGUUAAAAUACCUAUGCUGACUUAUAGAUUAAGCAAUACAAGGAUAUCUAAUAUCAUUGUAUGCGUACAUAUUCAUAUGAAUCAGAAAUAAAGAACUGCAACCCACCACUGGAAG